AUGUCUUCACCAAGCAAACGGAGAGAAAUGGACUUGAUGAAGCUGAUGAUGAGUGAUUACAAGGUGGAAAUGAUCAAUGAUGGCAUGCAAGAAUUUUAUGUGCAUUUCCAUGGACCUGCUGAAAGUCCUUAUCAUGGUGGAGUUUGGAAAGUGAAAGUUGAACUUCCCGAUGCCUACCCUUAUAAAUCUCCAUCAAUUGGCUUUGUUAAUAAAAUCUAUCAUCCAAAUGUUGAUGAGAUGUCAGGCUCAGUUUGUUUAGAUGUUAUCAAUCAGACUUGGAGUCCCAUGUUUGAUUUGACAAACGUGUUUGAAGUGUUUCUUCCACAACUUCUCUUGUAUCCUAACCCGUCGGACCCUUUGAAUGGGGAAGCAGCUGCCUUGAUGAUGCGAGACCGAACUGCGUAUGAACAAAGAGUUAAAGAAUAUUGUCAAAAAUAUGCCAAACCAGAAGAUGUUGGAGCUGCCGCAGAGGAGAAGUCAAGUGAUGAGGAGGUAAGUGAAGCUGAAUAUGACUCGGAUGAUGAGGAAAUGGCAGGCCCUGUUGAUCCAUAGUAAUACCUUCAUUUCCAUUACUAUCUGUAUGUGUAAAUGAUGUUAUUUAUCCUGUUUAAAAUCAAGUUAAACUUCAUAGUUAAAGACUAUUCAUUGCAAGGGGGAAGAAAUCCUAUAAGAAGUUCCCCUCUUCUGUAAGUUUAACAUCAAUGUAAAUAGUUUUUAAUGUUUAAUUUCCUUAAUGAUCU